AUGCAUUUUUUUUCUGAUCUUGGUUUGCAGAACAUUAAUAGAGAUUAUGAUUGGGUUGGUGAUAGUCAAAAGCAGUACCAUAACCUCAAGAAUAUUGAUAACUUUAUUAAUGAAGCAUGUAGUAAUGUAGUGAACUUAAAGAGCAAAGAUUUUGAAAUAAUUAAUUGUAAAACUCUAAAUGAGAAACAAAGAAUAGUGAUUAAAAGAAUAGAAUCUCAUUAUAAUAUGAUUAUUUCAGGCCAGCAAGUAGAAUCAUUACAAAUAUUAGUAAUGGAUAUUGCAGGAACUGGGAAGUUAUAUCUUAUCAAAGCAAUUAGAAUGCUUGCUCCCACUGGAGUUGCUGCUUUUAAUAUUAAUGGCAGUAUUAUCCAUUCUGUUCUCUCUAUUCCAGCCUUUCCAGACUGUCAUAACAUUCCUUUUGGUAGUCAUUCAAUUAUCUUUAUUGGUAACUUCAGACAACUACCUCCAGUAUGCAAUCUUCUGAUGUAUGCUAAGAACUUUUGUCCAUCUGAUCCCAUAUCUAAAGAUGAAUGUAUAGUUUAUAACCGAAUUCAGGAAAUUUACAAGCUUGAUAUUGAAGAGUUGAUGACACAGCUUUUAGAAUGUUUACCUAGAUCUAAACAAAAAACCUUUUCAAAUGCAACUUGCUUAUUAACAAAAUGGAGUGAUAUUGAUGAAGUUAAUUACUACAAGCUUCAUCUGCUAAAUCACCCAGUUAUCAAAAUUCAUGCUGUUCACAACAACAAUAAGGCUAAGAAGGCUGAUUCAGAUAAGGCUAAAGGCCUUGAUGCAAAGAUACUACUUGCAAAGAGAGCACAAGUUAUGCUUAAUACAAAUCUUUUGACUGCUGACAGUCUUGUCAAUAGUACAAUAGGAACUAUUGAAGAUAUUAUUUUCAAAAACAUCUAUACUUCUAUUUUUUUUCUUAGUGCAGUCCUAGUAGCCUUUAACAAAUAUAAUGGGCCUACUAUUAGUACAUUCGAAGGCAUUCAUAUAGUUCCAAUUGUUACUGCUAUCACAGUAUAUAAUUUUCAGGGUUUAAUCUUACCAAAAGCUAUUAUUGAUAUUGGAAAUAAUAAGUUCGCAGCUGGCCUAUCAUUUGUUGCA